CAGAAAUCCACUUCUGACUUCCCUAAAACCCUAAUACGUCCUCCUCUAAUCGCUCUCAUUUGCCAUUCACCAGCAGCCGCUAAGCUACACAGCGAGACAGAGAGAUACAAUGGUGUCGGGUUCAGGGAUCUGCGCCAAGAGGGUGGUGGUGGAUGCAAGGCACCACAUGCUUGGUAGGCUUGCCUCUAUCAUAGCCAAGGAGCUCUUGAACGGCCAAAAAGUUGUGGUUGUAAGGUGCGAGGAGAUUUGCAUCUCUGGUGGCUUGGUUAGGCAGAAGAUGAAGUACAUGAGGUUCUUGCGUAAGCGCAUGAACACUAAGCCUUCUCAUGGCCCCAUCCAUUUCCGUGCCCCUGCCAAGAUCCUCUGGCGCACAAUCCGUGGGAUGAUUCCUCAUAAGACCAAGCGUGGAGAGGCUGCUCUUGCUCGUUUGAAGGUUUACGAGGGUAUUCCACCUCCUUAUGAUAAGAUGAAGAGGAUGGUGAUCCCUGAUGCUCUCAAGGUGUUGAGGCUUCAGGCUGGACACAAGUACUGUUUGUUGGGCAGACUUUCAUCUGAGGUCGGAUGGAACCACUAUGAGACCAUCAAGGAGCUUGAAAGGAAGAGAAAGGAGAGGGCUCAGGUGGCCUAUGAGAGGAAGAAGCAGUUGACAAAACUAAGGGUUAAAGCUGAGAAGGUUGCAGAGGAGAAGCUUGGUUCCCAGCUAGACAUUAUUUCUCCAAUCAAAUAUUGAUUUGGAGAUAAGGUUGUUUUUCGUGUGAACAAUUUGAGAUUAUUGUUGUUGCAGCUAAAUUGUUUUCUGUUUAAACAAAUUACUUUUUUGAGUGGAUUACUUCUGUGUUAUUAAUAUAGAUUUCUUUUGCAA